AUGAAGUUCUCCGUGGAUAGCCUCACUCUUACGCACAAGGAAGACAAUCUGUUCUGCGAUGAGACAAGGAAAAGAAAACCGUAUUUCAUGGCAGAAGACACAACUCCGGGGCCCAACCUGAAACCUCUGGUGUCUCGCAUUGACGACCACACAACGGAAGUGGUUCAGAGCGUCCUGCUGGAACGUGGGUGGGACAAGUUCGAUAAAGGACAGCAGAACGUGGAAGACUGGAACCUGUACUGGAGGACCUCCUCCUUCCGGAUGACCGCGCACGUCAACAUCAAGCCAUGGCAGCACCUCAACCGCCACCCGGGCACCACCAAGCUCACCAGGAAGGACCACCUGGCCAAACACCUGAAGCAAAUGAAGAAGGCGUACGGCACGCCCCUGUGCGAGUUCAUCCCCCUGACCUUCAUCGCGCCCAAUGACUACAACAGGUUCGUGGCCGAGUACUUUCGGGAGAAGCCCCUGCUGGGCGCCAAGCACAGCUACUGGAUUUGCAAGCACGCAGAGCUCUCUGGCGGGAGGGACAUCAUCAUGUUCAGUGACAUCAAAGACUUAGUCUUUGCUGAUACAUACGUAGUACAGAAAUAUAUCUGCAACCCUCUACUUGUGGGCAGAUAUAAAUGUGACCUCCGCGUCUUCAUUUGUGUCUUCGGCUUUAAGCCUUUGACCAUUUACAUUUCUCGGGAAGGGUGAGUGCGGUUUGCCACGGGAAAGUUUGACCUCAGUCAUCUGCAGAACAAUUAUGCCCGUUUGACCAACAGCAGCAUCAAUAAAUCUGGGGCCUCGUAUGAGAAAAUCAACGAAGGGAUCGGUCAUGUCUGCUGGUGGAUCCUCAGCAAGCUCUGCUCCUGCCUUCGCAGUUGGGACGUGGACCACCUGCAUCUGUGGCAGAAAAUCAACCACGCGGUUAUUCGCACAGUGCUCGCCAUUGCUCCCUCAGUCCCCUUCGCGGCCAACUGCUUUGAGCUUUUUGGGUUCGACAAUUUGAUUGAUGACAACUUGAAACCGUGGCUUCUAGAGGUCAGCUUCAGCCCCGCCCUGUCCGUAGACUGUUCGUCGGAUGUAUCGGUGAAGAGGAAGCUUAUCCAUGACACCAUUGAGCUGAUUUACUUGCAGGGUCUAAGAAAUGAGAGGACAGAAUGUCGUGACGGUGCCAAGGGGAGCCGUGGUGUCUCCCUCGCCAAGCUGGAUGCGGGCAGACUCAACAAGGCUUGCAACGCGCGCUCCUGUGAGUCCCUCUUACGGUUCACAGGUCGAACAUUUAAGGAUGAGUCUGUUGUGAGGAAAGCCGUGAAAAUAUGCCCAGAAAAUGAGCAUGCCUCCCAGCCGAGGGAAGUGACGAGCAGGAAGAAGGACCUACUUCUGCCAACAAAAGAAACCCCCCAAACCAAGCGAAAGCUAAAGGGUAGACACUCAACCCAUAAGACGCUCAUUCCGUUCCUGUCACUCAUUCAGUCAUGCGUGGGCAGGGCCAGCAUCUCCCCGCGCGUCCUCUCGGACAGCAGCAAGGCGGAUCUCCAAGCGGGGAACUUGGUUCGCAUUUCUCCUUUCAACGAAGCUACGUUUGGAGCUUCUAGGAAUGGAUUAAAUGUCAGAAGAAUAAUCCAAGAGCUCCAGAAACUAAUGAAUAAGCAACAUUCCCACUUGGAGGGAAAGGAAGCAAAAAGAAGGUGA